AUGUCGUUGAUUGAACAGCUGCGAAGAUUAGCAACACCAGUUGCUGCUAGCUAUGCCCCAGACUCCGUCCGUCGAAAAUCUUUGAUCUACGAAGAUCCAUCGAAAGUAGAUACACUACUAUGCUAUCAAGAAAGUCUUGCUGCGUUUGAGCGAAUGUGCAAACUGGACGAAAUAUUUAUUGGAUUCCGACAGACUAUUUUUGCCGAGACUUCUUGUCACCUAGAAAUAUGCAAUUUGUUUGUUGACGAGAAAUUCAAAUUAGACAAUGAGAUUCGACGAUUUUUGUGCUAUACUUCACCGUUUUUGAAGCACUACGAUGCGAUUCGUAUGCUAGAAUGGCUUGUGCAUAAGUUUCAAGUUCAUACUCACUUCGUAGAAGACCUUAUUCGCUGUGUGAUACCCUACCACGAAACCGGACUGUUCGCAAAGUUCCUUCAACUUUUGGAUUUUUCCUCCGUGAAUACCGAAUUUCGCUGGUUAGAGCCAUAUGCUCAAUGCGGGCGAUGUUUGUCGAGGAAGGAAUUGGUCCGUGCCUGUUUUCGUCAACCCGGUCUGGUCCCAUUUAUCAGUUCGCUAAUGGUCAAUGCGGUAAAGUGCUACCAAGGUCUUCCAGACCAAUCGAAACUGAACGAUUUGACCAAUUUCUUUCUAUCCACGGUAGUCGCACUGUGCGAUACGGGCAUGGCGGACGAACGCAUCGCUCAAGUCCUGGGCACACUUCAGCAUGUAUUACGCGUUGGUCUACGCGCCUCCGAUUGCGCUCCUUUCCAAUCUGCUGCCUGUUUGGCUGUGCUUCGUUUCAGCAUGAAAUUACAGCUGAAUCCAGACCUGGUGCUGGAUUGGAUUCAAUGCUUACUGAAGAAAACCCGUCCCACACAGACUUGGGAGUCGUUGCGAGUUAUCACGCAACUCAUGCGCACUCAACAUAUUGCCACAUUGCCCGAGAAGUUGGCCACCAGACACGCGGCUCUCUUGUCCACUUUGCCGGAGUCGCAGAGAAAACUGAUUGAACAGGAAGAGGAGCGCCUGCUGGACGAUGUAGAUGUCAAUCAGUUGGCUCAUGCAGCUGCUCUUACGGCCGAAGUGCAGGCAGCUACUGUGACCAUGGAUGUUUCCGCGCCCCCAGAGGACUCCGCUUUAUGCAUAUCCGCCAUAGACCUCACAUCCACUAAACGCACCUAUUCCGAUACUGAAUUGCUCAGUGCGUGUGUGAACGAGGUCCAACUGGCUCACGCGAUCUUGGCCGCGUUACCUGAAACCAGUCGGUGCUGUCUGUUUCACGAACAGAAUCCGACUUGUGUCUGUCCGAAAAUGCCCGGUUUCAGUAAAGAUCAGAAUUCGUGGCUUACCGAUUUACUGUUGGCUGGCGUGCUAUCCAAACCGGCCACUGCAGGCAAAUCCAGCAAACUAGAAGUGAGACGUGCUCGUCGUGUGCUCCAUUUUGCUGGACUGGCUGCGAAGGCUCACGUGAAAACCGUACAGUCUUUGUCCACCGCACCACAAACACGUGCGUCCACUUCACCACGUCGUUCGCGUGCGACAUUAUCGAAAGCCCAGUGCAUUCUUGAGGACGGAUUAGAUCAAGGUAUUGUCUAG